CAAAAACAACUACGACUUGCAAUCUUAUACCUGACAUAAAUUACCAAACUUAUUCAUCCCAAAGGCUAUGAAUAAUACGGAUCGAAGCCUUUUACUUCUUUUUUCUGCUGCGUUCACUUCCAUUCUCCUUCUCAAUUGCUUCACAGGAGUUGCAGCUGAUAGCAGUAAUGGUAUCAAUUUUGAUGUUGGAGCAAUUCUUGAUGUUGAUUCUCCAUCUGGAAAACAACAGAAAGCAGCCAUGGAAAUUGCAGCCCAAAGCUUCAAUAACUAUUCAAAGAGUCUCAACAUAUCCCUUCAUUUUCGUCACUCUCUAAGAAAUCCAUUGCAGGCAGCUUCGGCUGCUGAGGAGCUCAUAAACAAGACGAAAGUGAAGGUUAUAAUUGGAAUGGAGACAUGGCCGGAAGCAUCUUUUGUAGCAGUUCUUGGAGAUAAAGCUCAUGUUCCAGUAAUUUCAUUCUCAUCUCCUUCAAUAUCUUCACCAUCUUCAUCAAUGCCAUUUCGUUGGCCUUUCUUGAUUCAAAUGGCCAAGAACCAGACAGCAAAUAUGAACUGCAUAGCUGAUAUUGUUCAUGCAUAUAACUGGCAAAAGGUUAUAGCAAUAUAUGAAGAUGAUCCUUAUAGUACUGAUUCAAGCAUGUUAACCCUCCUUUCUGAAGCUCUCUUGAAGACUAAUUCCCAAAUUGAGCGAAGGCUCAUCCUUCCACCAUUUUCUUCUUUAUCUGAUCCAAAAGGGCUUGUUCUUGAUGAACUGAUAAAGCUAUUAUUAUCAGCACAAUCUAGGGUUUUCAUUGUUCUCAAAGCAUCAUUGCCUAUGGUGACUCAUUUGUUUAGCGAAGCUAAGAAACUAGGGUUCCUAGGGAAAGAAUCAGUUUGGAUUAUCAAUGAGGACAUUGCUGGAAUGCUGGACUUAGUCGACGAGUCUGUCUUAUCCUCCAUGGAAGGUACUAUUGGAAUCAAAAGCUACUAUUCUACAAGUUCAAGUGCUUAUAUUCAAUUCAUAGAAAAAUUUCAAAACAAGUCUCAGCCAGGAUUGUAUGCCCUGCAAGCUUAUGAUAGCAUGAGUAUCAUCACAAAAGCCCUAGAGAAGAUGAGUGACACUAAUAACACUUAUAACUCAAGGGUUUUGUUGAAGACAAUGCUAUCUAGCAAAUUCUCUGGUUUAACUGGCAACAUAGGGUUCAAGGAAGGCCAUUUAUCACAGACUCCAUUGCUAAGAGUGAUAAACGUGGUUAACAAGAAAUACACAGGCCUGGACUUUUGGGUACCAAACUUGAAGUUCUUUAAGUCUUUGGAAGACAUAGAGAAAGGAAGUGAAACUGCUACAAAUAAUCUGAGUGGUCCAGUGGUUUGGCCAGGAGUUCUAAAGAAUCUAAACAAUGAUGAUGAUGAUGAUAAUGUUCCAAGAGGAUGGAAUAUACCUUCAGAAGUGAAUCCUUUAAAAGUAGCAGUUCCUACAAAUCCUGCUUUUGAAAAUUAUGUGAAGGAAGAGUCUCCUGGGAAAUAUAGUGGCCUUUGUAUUGAUCUUUUUGAAAAGAUUCAAGAACAGAUCAAAGAUAGGUAUUCUGGUCUGCCAUAUAAAUAUUACCCCCUCGAUGUAUCUUAUGAUGUGCUUAUACAAGGUGUUGCCAACGAGUCCUAUGAUGCUAUUGUUGGAGACGUAACAAUACUUGAAGAUCGAUCUAAGAAUGUAUCUUUCACACAGCCAUACACAGACUCUGGUCUAUCACUCAUAUUUCCAGCUGAGACGGAAGGCACGACGUUUCUGUUUGUGAAGCCAUUUAGCUGGCAAAUGUGGUUGGCCACUGCUGCUAUCUUCUUCUACACAACGCUGGCCAUCUGGUUCUUGGAGCAUCCCUUAAACCCUUACUAUAAAGGAACAUGGAAAACUCAACUCAGCAACACAACUUGGUUCGCCUUUUCUUCUCUAUUUUUCGCUCACGGGGGUAAAUUGUACAGCAACUCAGCAAGAGUGGUGGUUGCUGUAUGGCUAUUUCUGAUUUUUGUUCUGACUUCAAGCUACACUGCAAAUCUGUCUUCUAUGCUCACUGUAAAACGCAUGAAUAAUGGGAGAGACAUUCAGUGGCUGAAGCAAAAUAAGUUAACAAUUGGCUGUGAUAAUAGCAGUCAAUUUGUGAAGAACUACUUGCUCAAUGUGUAUGGAUUCCCCAUAGACCAGAUUAGAGAUCUUGAUGGUGAACAUGACUUUGUGGCCAAGUUUAAGAGCAAAGCAAUUUCUGCUCUCUUACUUGAGAGCCCAUAUGAGAAGGUUUUCCUAAGCAAGUACUGCAAUGAAUAUACUGCAAUUUCUGCUGGCUAUAAAUUUGGAGGCCUCGGCUUUGUAUUCCAAAGAAAUUCUCCCUUGGUGAAAGACUUCUCAGAAGGAAUUUUAAGGCUAGCAGAAAAUGGAACUCUCAAGAGUUUGGAAGACAAAUGGCUGACUCCUUCCAAUAAUUGCUCAAGCGACUCAACAUCGUCAUCUUCUGAAACUGAAAGCCUAAUCCUCGCUGACUUUUGGAUUCUCUAUGUGAUAAGUGGUCUCACUUCCACCAUCUUCUUGAUCGUGGCUCUGCUGAGGACUUACUAUCAUCAAGAGAAAGAAGAUCAAGGCAUUAAUACUAUAGAAACUUCUGAUGAUGAUGGUGUUUGGAACAAGACACUUGGGAGAUUCGCCACAGGCAUUUACGACAGUAUUGGCAGUCUCAAUUUCAACAAUAAUAUAGGAAGAGCUGCAACCUUUGGCGGAACUCAAAAUGUUCGCCAUUGGAAUUCUUCGCGGUGGGAGAGUGUAAGAACUUCUGAUGAUUAUGUUAAUCCUCGACGGACCCAAUCAGUAGGAUUAGAGAUGUUAUAAUAAUAUGAUAUAUGUACAUGUCUCUUGUGUAUCUCUGUAUGUAAUCUUAUAGCUUCCACGUGUGUUAGUGUUCUGACCUAUGUAGAUGUGUCUUGCGUAUAUCUGGAGUCAAGGACAUUUUAGCAUUCUUUGAGAAGUAGGGCUAAUUUUAGCCUGCUCCAACAAAAUAUAUUGGAGUACUAGUUGCCAAUUAUAUACUGAAUUCAUGUCAUUUAUUAUGUAGGAUGUCUGAAUUUAUAUGAUAAAUAAUAUAACAUUGGAGGAUAUAUGAGG